UGUGGUGUAACUGUCUCUGCAUUCAUUUAAAUGGACAGCUUGCAAUAAAUACUAUACCCAGAACGUCAGAUAAUUCAACAUAUGAGGUGUUUAAUAUUCUCCAACUGCCAUAAAGUUAAAGCUUUUUUUUUGAAAAUUGAACCUAACCUCUACUGAACACAAAAUGAAAAUGUGGUUGCUGGUCAAUUACCUUGUGAUUGUAUCUUUUACAACCUGUCUAUCAGAGUUUACAUGGCACAGAAGGUAUGGUCACGGAGUUUCUGAGGAAGACAAAGGAUUUGGACCAAUUUUUGAAGAACAACCAAUCAAUACCAUUUAUCCAGAGGAGUCACCGGAAGGAAAAGUUUCACUAAACUGUAGGGCACGAGCCAGCCCUUUCCCAGUUUACAAGUGGAGAAUGAAUAAUGGGGAUAUUGAUCUGACAAGUGAUCGGUACAGUAUGGUAGGAGGAAACCUUGUUAUCAACAAUCCUGACAAACAGAAAGAUGCUGGAGUAUAUUACUGUUUAGCAUCAAAUAACUACGGAAUGGUCAGAAGCACUGAAGCAACCUUGAGCUUUGGAUAUCUUGAUCCUUUCCCACCUGAGGAACGUCCCGAGGUCAGAGUGAAAGAAGGGAAAGGAAUGGUGCUGCUCUGUGACCCUCCAUACCAUUUCCCAGAUGAUCUUAGCUACCGCUGGCUUCUAAAUGAAUUUCCUGUAUUUAUCACAAUGGAUAAACGAAGAUUUGUGUCUCAGACAAAUGGCAAUCUCUACAUUGCUAAUGUUGAGGCAUCAGACAAAGGGAAUUAUUCCUGCUUUGUAUCCAGUCCCUCUAUUACAAAGAGUGUGUUCAGCAAAUUUAUCCCACUCAUUCCACUACCUGAACGAACAACAAAACCAUAUCCUGCUGAUAUUGUAGUUCAGUUCAAGGACAUAUAUGCAUUGAUGGGCCAAAAUGUGACUUUAGAGUGUUUUGCACUUGGCAAUCCUGUUCCUGAUAUCCGUUGGCGGAAGGUCCUAGAACCAAUGCCAAGCACAGCUGAGAUCAGCACCUCUGGAGCUGUCCUGAAGAUCUUCAAUAUUCAGCUAGAAGAUGAAGGCACAUAUGAAUGUGAGGCUGAGAACAUUAGAGGAAAGGAUAAACACCAGGCAAGAAUUUAUGUUCAAGCAUUUCCUGAGUGGGUAGAACACAUCAAUGACACAGAGGUGGAUAUAGGCAGUGAUCUCUACUGGCCUUGUGUGGCCACAGGGAAGCCCAUCCCUACCAUCCGAUGGCUGAAGAAUGGAUAUUCGUAUCAUAGAGGGGAAUUGAGACUGUAUGACGUGACCUUUGAAAAUGCUGGCAUGUAUCAGUGCAUAGCUGAAAAUACACAUGGAGCCAUUUAUGCAAACGCGGAGUUGAAGAUCUUGGCUUUGGCUCCAACUUUUGAAAUGAAUCCUAUGAAGAAAAAGAUCCUGGCUGCUAAAGGAGGAAGAGUUAUAAUUGAAUGCAAACCUAAAGCUGCACCCAAACCAAAAUUUUUAUGGAGUAAAGGUACAGAGUGGCUUGUCAAUAGCAGCAGAAUACUCAUUUGGGAAGAUGGCAGCUUGGAAAUCAAUAACAUUACAAGGAAUGAUGGAGGUGUCUAUACAUGUUUUGUAGAAAAUAAUAAAGGGAAGGCUAAUAGCACUGGGACUCUUGUUAUCACAGAUCCCACACGAAUUAUAUUGGCUCCAAUUAAUGCCGAUAUCACCGUUGGAGAAAAUGCAACCAUGCAGUGUGCCGCUUCCUUCGAUCCUGCACUGGAUCUCACAUUUGUUUGGUCCUUCAAUGGCUAUGUGAUCGACUUUAACAAAGAGAACAUUCAUUACCAGCGGAAUUUUAUGCUGGAUUCCAAUGGGGAGCUGCUCAUCCGAAAUGCCCAGCUAAAACACGCUGGGAGGUACACGUGCACCGCUCAGACAAUUGUGGACAAUUCUUCAGCCUCAGCUGACCUUGUUGUGCGAGGCCCUCCAGGUCCUCCAGGUGGUCUGCGAAUAGAAGACAUUAGGGCCACUUCUGUGGGACUUACUUGGAGCCGUGGUUCAGACAAUCAUAGUCCUAUAUCUAAAUACACUAUCCAGACCAAGACUAUUCUUUCAGAUGACUGGAAAGAUGCAAAGACGGAUCCCCCAAUGAUUGAAGGAAAUAUGGAGGCAGCAAGAGCAGUGGAUUUAAUCCCGUGGAUGGAAUAUGAAUUUCGUGUGCUAGCAACCAAUACAUUGGGUAUAGGAGAGCCCAGUAUACCAUCAAGCAAAAUUAAAACAGAUGGUGCUGCACCUAAUGUGGCUCCUUCAGAUGUAGGAGGUGGGGGUGGAAGCAACAGAGAACUGACCAUAACAUGGGCGCCUUUGUCAAGAGAAUACCACUACGGCAACAAUUUUGGUUACAUAGUGGCAUUUAAGCCAUUUGAUGGGGAAGAAUGGAAAAAAGUGACAGUUACUAACCCAGAUACUGGCCGCUACGUUCAUAAAGAUGAGACCAUGCGCCCUUCCACUGCAUUUCAAGUCAAAGUCAAAGCUUUCAACAACAAAGGAGAUGGACCAUACAGCCUCACAGCCGUCAUCCACUCCGCGCAAGAUGCUCCCAGUGAAGCCCCAACAGCAGUAGGCGUAAAAGUCUUAUCAUCUUCUGAGAUAUCUGUUCAUUGGGAGCAUGUUGUAGAAAAUAUAGUGGAAAGCUAUCAGAUUCGGUAUUGGGCUGUCCAUGAUAAAGAAGCAGCUGCACACAGAGUGCAAGUCACUAGCCAAGAAUACUCUGCCAGGCUGGAGAACCUUCUGCCUGACACCCAGUACUUUAUGGAAGUCAGGGCCUGCAAUAGCGCAGGGUGUGGACCUCCCAGUGAUAUGAUUGAGACCUUCACCAAGAAAGCACCUCCAAGCCAGCCUCCAAGGAUCAUCAGUUCCAUAAGGUCUGGUUCACGCUACAUAAUCACCUGGGAUCAUGUGGUUGCACUAUCAAAUGAAUCCACAGUGACAGGAUAUAAGGUACUCUAUAGACCUGAUGGGCAGCAUGAUGGCAAGCUGUAUUCAACUCAUAAACACUCCAUAGAAGUCCCAAUCCCCAGGGAUGGAGAAUAUGUUGUAGAGGUUCGUGCACACAGUGAUGGAGGAGAUGGAGUGGUGUCUCAAGUCAAAAUUUCAGGUGCAUCCAUCCUAUCACCAUGUCUUCUUGGCUCCCUGCUGCCUGCCCUUGGCAUCCUUGUGUACUUGGAAUUCUGAAUGUGGCAUGAGAACUGCUGCUCCCAGCCCAGCUCAGAGGACACCCUCCAUCUCUGUGAUGACUACAAUUCCUUCCAAUUCCUGCAACUUCAUCCUAAGCCAAAUAAAUUAUACUUUAACAAACUAUCCAACUGAUUUACAGCAUAUGUUAUGACUGAGGCAUUCAGGAACCCCUUCAUCCAAAAGAAUAAACUUU